UAUACUUUUUUACUCUUUAUUAAUUAUACAUAUUUACAAAUUGCAUAAUACGAUAUAUCGUUUAAUUUGGUAAUUAACCGGAAGGUCGAUUGUUUUUAAUAAAUAUAUGUAUAUUAAGCACGUAAAAUCGUUGGACGCAGUUUAAUUACAUUUCGAAUUGUGAAUUUUAGAAUAUCGAUAUGAAUUCAGAAACAAUAACCUGGAUUUUCAUCGUUUAUUCAGUUUGUGUCUUGAAAAGCUGUUACAGUUUAGAUUACAAUGGUGCUAGAAUAGUGACUUACGGUGAACCUUGCGUUAUGACUCGUCGUCUACCUUUUCAGAUAGAAGGACCUAAAUCACCUCAGAAAGAGGAAAAAAUACCAGUGUCAUUGAAUUUUAAAAUGAUUCCUAAUACGUAUAUUCAGCCACGUCGUAUUGAAUAUCCAGUUUCGUUGGACAUUCCAUGUAGUACUCCAUCGCCAUUAGAAAAAAAGUGUGUCGAAGAUACCUUACGUGGUAAAGUUUAUGCGUACAAUACCUAUGUUCCUCCUGUCAAUUCUCCACCAUCUUUGAAAAAUUACAACUUUGGAAUCGAAAACGUUCCAAUUACGACAAAUAAUAAUUAUAAUUCUGAAUGCGAAAUGAAACAAGUUCAACGACUGAAAGGACUUCAAUCUCGGAUUGAUCGAGUUCUCGUUCCUGCUUGUGAAGUUUCAUCAUUAUCAUCAUCAUCAUCAUCAUCAUCAUCAUCAUCAUCAUCAUCAUCAUCAUCAUCAUCAUCAUCAUCAUGCCAAUGUUAAUAAAUUUAACAAUUAACAGAAUUAUUUAUAUUAAUAAUAAAAUAAUAAUAAAAUAUAUUGAAAUGUAAAAGUGAUCAAAAGUUCAAAACUUUUUUAUCUAUCUAACUAAAGUGAACGUAUGAAAGUGUGUACAAUAAAUAUAAUUAUAUUUUUUUUCUUAUAUCAUA